AUGACUCAACAGUUACUGCACCUGCGCACUGACACAAACCCCAUUCUUAGCCGACACAAACGAAACUUGCGCCAGCAGCAAUGUCACCCUCACCUAUAUAUUUUCAUACAAUAUUGUUUACCGCCAUUUGAUUUUUUUUUCUUUCUAGCAUUUUGUUUCUUUUUCACCUUUUCUUCGUUUUUGAAACGUGAUAUUUAUAUAUUUUUGUUUUCUCUUUUUUAUUCAUCUUUUUUUUAUUUUGCUCUUCCUUUCAUCUUUUUCACUUUCAAAGAUUUUUUUAUUAAAGCCAUUUUCUCAUUUUCUUUGUUCUUUUCACUUUCACCUUUCUUUUUUUAUAUCCCUUCUUUAUUUUUCUCCUUUUCUUUUUUUUUUUUUUGUUUCUUUUUCGUUAAGAUCUUUGCUAUCAUUUUUUUUUUCGUUAUUCAUAUUUCCUCUGUUUCUUUUUUCGUAUAUCUGUCAUUUCUUUGUUUUCUUUCUUCGUUACCUUUUCUUUUCACCCUUUUUUAUCAUAUCUCUUUCUUUAUCAUUUUUCCUUUUUUUUUCUCUUUUUUUUCUCUGUUUAAAGUCUUUUUUUUUUCUUCUUUCUGUCCUCUUUGUUUUUUUUUUCAACAUCACUUUGUCUUUUUCAUUUCUUUCUUCUCGUCUUUAUCUGCUUUUUCUCACUUUUCGUUGUUAAUAUCUCAUUCUUGGUCUUCAUCUUUUUUCCUCUUUUUAAUUAUUCGUAGAUUUCUUUCUAUUUUCUUUCCUGUUUUGCUUUAUUCUAAUCUCUUUCAAUCUUUCCUUUUUUCUUCUCUGUUCAAAUCUCUUUAUUUUCCUCAUUUUUGUUCUUUUUUUUUCAUCUUUUCCGUUUCUUCUCAUCUCUCCCAUUUGCACUCUCAGCUGCCUUUCUUUAACCCCUCUUUAGACUUUCUUCUUAUCUCUCUCUGUUCAUAUCCUUGUCCUCUAACUACCCUAUUCCUUCGCCUCCUGCUCCCUGUUUUUUAG